AUGGACGAAACAGAUCAAGCAAAAGACAACUAUAAGCGUGCACUAGAGAUUCAACUGAAAAAGCUGGGACCUGAACAUGUUCAUGUUGCAAGCACGUACAACAGUCUUGGUAAUUCACUCAGUAAGCUGGGCGAAACAGAUCGAGCAAAAGACUACUAUGAGCGUGCACUAGAUAUUGAACUGAAAAAGCUGAGACCUGAACAUGUUGACGUUGCAAGAACCUACGGAAAUUUUGGCAAUUUACACAGUAAGCUAGGCGAAAAAUAUUAAGCAAAAGACCACUGCAGGCAUGCACUAGAGAUUCAACUGAAAAAGCUGGGACCUGAACAUGUUUACUAUGCAAACACCUACAAAAAUCUUGGUGUUUUACACAGUGAGCUGGGCGAAACAGAUCAAGCAAAAGACUAGUAUAAGCGUGCACUAGAGAUUCAACUGAAAAAGCUGGGACCUGGACAUGUUGACUUUGCAACCUGUUGCAACAAUCUUGGUAAUUUACAUCGUACGCUAUAAGCGUGCACUAGAGAAUCAACUGAAAAAGCUGGGAGCUGAACAUGUUAAUGUUGCAACCUGUUACUUCAGUCUUGGUAAUUUACAUCACACGCUGGGCGAAACAGAUCAGGCAAAAGACUACCAUAAGCAUGCAUUAGAGAUUACACUAAAAAAGCUGGGACCUGAACAUGUCGAUGUCGCACAUUCUUACCACAAACUGGGUAGUAUUUACAAUGGCCUGGGCGAGUUCGAAGAGGCCAAGCACUGUCUUGAUCGUGCAUCGGUAAUUUAUAUCGCCAAAUAUGGUUAA